AUGCAUCAAUCCAUAACAUCAUUUUUCUCUUCCCAAUCCACUAAAUGUGAAAAGUCAAUUCUAGAGGAUGAAAAGGAUGAUGAUGAUGUGAUAGUAUCCUUUGAGAAGAUUCAAUUUAACCCGGAAGAACAUAGAAUUCCUGAUCAUAUGUUUAUGUUAGGGAAGCAGUUUAAAAUUCUUAAUUAUAAGCUGAAUUUGUUGUUACAAAUUCAAGCUGAUACAUGGAGUCGAAAUUCAAUGUCUGGGAUUGAGGUGGAUAUUAUGCUUAAGACACAAGAGCAUCAUUUAAAGAUGGCUAUGGAUCAAAUUUAA